UUGAUCGCUGGUAGUGGUCGCUGUCUUAUUUGGUCGCUGAGAGUGUUCGCUGGAUGUGGUUGCUGCCAGAGGAUUUAGAUAAGCAAACAUGUUACGAUACAGGAUAUGUCAAGUCCGUCCUGGCCGCCUCAUUCUUAGUGAUAUUCCCCGUGUGGGUGUGUUGCCGCCUUACAGAACUGUGGUUGUGAGUUCUAGUCAAAGAGCAGCCAUGAAAGAUUUAACACAGCCUCUGGCCUCAGGCUAUAAACCAAGUGAAGUAGAGCAAGGCUGGUACUCAUGGUGGGAGAGCCGAGGAUUCUUUCGUAGACGAGGAGCACAAGAAAAAUUUGUCAUGGUUUUGCCACCACCCAACAUAACUGGGACACUCCACCUUGGUCAUGCCCUCACUUGUGCCGUGCAGGAUGCCAUUGCCAGAUGGCAUCAGAUGCGAGGACACGAGGUGGUGUGGGUGCCAGGCUGCGACCAUGCAGGUAUUGCUACUCAGGUUGUUGUGGAACGUUAUCUCUGGGCAACAGAAGGGAGCACAAGACACCAACUAGGUAGAGAAAGAUUUGUCAAUGAAAUAUGGAAAUGGAAAGAAGAGAAGGGUACACUGAUAUAUGACCAAAUGAAGAGGCUGGGCACUUCUCUAGAUUGGGACAAAGCCGUAUUUACUAUGGAUGCUCACAUGAGUGAAGCUGUCACUGAAGCUUUCAUUCAGCUGUAUGAUUCUGGUUUAGUGUACAGGAAAAAUGCUCUAGUCAACUGGUGCUGUAGUUUGCAGUCAGCAGUCUCUGAUAUUGAGGUUGAACACUUGCAUUUGACGGGCCCAACAGAGCUUACAAUUCCUGGAUAUGAUAAGCCUGUCACGUUUGGGAAGAUGUAUGACUUUGCCUACAAGAUCAGUGGUUCAGAUGAGGAACUUGUGGUUUGUACAACACGACCAGAGACCAUGUUGGGGGACACAGCCGUCAUGGUUCAUCCUGAGGACAAGCGUUACAUCCAUCUCCACGGCAGACACAUCAUCCACCCAUUCCGCAAAGACAUCAUACCUGUUAUUACUGAUUCUCAAGUAGAUCCCCAGUUUGGCACAGGUGUGGUGAAAGUGACACCCGGCCACAGCCAGGAUGACUAUAGUGUAGGACAAAGACACAACCUUCCACAACUAACAGUGUUUGACGAACAAGGAAGAGUGAUGGACGUUGUUCCUGAAUUCAAGAACUUCCCAAGGUUCAAAGCACGACAAGCAGUGUUAGAAGCACUCAGUGACCUGGGACUUUAUCGUGGAUGUAGGGCCCACCCCAUGAUGGUACCUCGCUGUAGUCGAACCCAAGAUGUUAUUGAACCUCUGUUGAAGCCCCAGUGGUUUAUUAACUGCAAAAAUAUGGCCGUUGAAGCAGUCAAUUCCGUUCGUAAAGGUAACCUGCACAUCCACCCUGAGAGUUACACAAGAGUUUGGUAUGAAUGGCUGGAGAAUAUUAACGACUGGUGUGUUUCUCGGCAACUUUGGUGGGGCCACCGUAUUCCAGCUUAUUGUGUUCAGUCUGACAGUGAGGAGUUCUGGGUUGCUGCAAGGUCCAUAGAAGAUGCAAAGAGUAAAGUUGCAGAAAAAGAAGGAAUAUCUGAGUUGAGCAUAACAUCAGUGCGUCAAGAUGAGGAUGUGUUGGAUACAUGGUUUUCUUCAGCACUCUUCCCUUUUGCUGUGUUUGGAUGGCCAGAGAAAAGUGAGGCCUUGCAGAGCUACUACCCCACCACUCUCAUGGAGACUGGCCAUGAUAUUUUGUUCUUCUGGGUGGCUAGGAUGGUUAUGCUUGGAACACACCUUACCAGCGAACUACCAUUUAAGGCUGUAUUGUUACAUGGCUUGCUGUGUGAUGCCCAUGGCCACAAGAUGUCAAAGUCACGAGGGAAUGUGAUUGACCCAAUUGAUGUUAUUCAAGGAGCUUCUCUAGAGGUGCUUAACAACCGUGUUAAGUCAAGUGAAAAGAGUGGGAUACUGUCAGGACAAGAAGUGUCAGAGGCCAUAAAAGGACAAACCUCAAAUUUCCCGAAUGGUAUACCAGACUGUGGUGCAGAUGCCCUCAGGUUCACCCUCUGCUCAUACAAUUUCAAAAAUAAGCUUCUCAGCGUGGAUAUUAACCGCAUGGAGCAGAGCAAAUUCCUGGGCAACAAAAUAUGGCAGACUGUACGAUUCCUUUUAUCUGCCCUGGAAAAGGUAGAGAAUGGAACACAGUGUGCUUCCCAUGUGCACUCUUCUUGCAGGGCGGAUCUUGGCAUGAUGGAUAAGUGGAUACUGAGUCAUAUGUCCCGAUUAAUCUGUGGAAGUAACCAGUGCUUUGAGGCGUACGACCUGCAUCUUGUUACUACAGGGUUUGUGACCUUCUGGUACAAUCAUCUCUGUGAUGUUUACCUGGAAAGCAUCAAGUCAGUUUUAAAACAGGAAUCUGAUGUAGCCAAGUUAUUAGCAUUACAGACACUUUGGACUUGUGUGGAUGUUGGGUUACACGCCAUCUCCCCCUUUAUGCCUUUCCUGACAGAAGAACUGUAUCAGAGACUGCCAAGGAAUGGCCAUAAGUUUGAGAGCAUCAUGCAGUGUGACUACCCUCAGCCACAACAGUGGUUGUGCUGGAGAGACCAGAUGGUAGAAGACAGGGUACAGAGUUUACUUCAAGUGGCCGCAGCAUUCCGAGCCCUCAAGACAACCUACAAUAUUACGCACUACAGAGUACAAGGUAGUGUUGUCAGUUCAGAUAAAGACCUGACUACUGUGCUAAGGGAGAAUUUGCGGGUUAUAAAAUCCCUAGGUCGUAUACUGUCAGUGACCAUAAUAGAUGGGCCUGCAGCACCUCCAGCCACUUCAGCAGUAGCAAUACUUUCAGAUUCAACUGCUGUUUACCUUCACCUUGAGGGUGUGAUUGAUCCAAAGAAAGAAUUGAUACGUUUACGAAAGAAACUCGGCAAGCUGCUGAAAGAGGAGAGUAAGAUGGUGAAAAUUGUUUCUUCUCCGGGCUAUGAAGAGAAGUCACCAGCCCACGUCCAGGAAGCUCAUCUUAGCAGGCUGGCCUCAUUACGAACGGAACUUGAACAAUUACAGUCCCUCAUCUGCAGUUUGGAGAAGAUGUAAUAAAACCCCAAAGAGACAUUGGUUUAGGUAAUAUUGUUAUCCUGUGGAUGGCCGUACUGUAUAUAUGUAGACUGUUAUUUUGUUACUGUAAUAAAUAUUUAUAUAAGA